GUAGAGCGGUCGUUAAGUGGGGUAAAGGUGAGGAGCGGCGGACAACACCAUCCAGCCGACUACAGAUAUUACUGCUGUGCGCGGAUGCAGUUAAGUUAACCUCAACAUAUUCCGAAGAAGGUGAGCUGACAGAGGCACUGCGCUUGAAAGCUGAGGAAGAAAUGGCUAAUCAUGUGUCAGAGUCGUUGCCAGAGCGGACCUUCCAGUACCAAAGCAGCCUGCCGCCCCUGCCUGUCCCAUCGUUAGAGAUUAGCCUUUUAAAGUACCUGAAUGCAGUUCAACCAUUUGCAUCUGAGAAGGAGUUUAAGGCUACAGUGGACACUGUGAAUAAAUUUCAAGAGGGUGUUGGCAAAGAGCUGCAUCAGAAACUACUGCAGAGAGCCAAGACAAAGAAGAACUGGCUGGAAGAAUGGUGGUUAGAUUCUGCAUAUCUGGAGGUCCGCGUCCCCUCUCAGCUGAAUGUGAACUUUGGUGGCCCGGCGCCCUACCUGGAGCACUGCUGGCCUCCUGAAGAGGGAACUCAUCUGCAGAGGGCCAGUAUCAGUACAUGGCAUACGCUGCAGUACUGGAACCUGAUCCGCACGGAGAGGCUGGCUCCUCAGAAAUCUGGCAAAACACCAUUAGAUAUGGACCAGUUCAGAAUGCUGUUCUCCACCUGCAAAGUACCUGGAGUAAAGAAGGACACCAUUCGUAACUACUUCAAAACGGAGCGUGAGGGUCCUUGCCCCUCCCAUUUGGUAGUGAUGUGUCGCGGACGGUUCUUCACGUUUGAUGCAGUCUGUGAUGGACAAAUCCUCACUCCUCCAGAACUGCUCAGGCAGCUGAGCUACGUGAGUGAGUGCUGUGAGGGAGAGCCGGAGGGAGACGGAGUGAGCGCUCUCACCUCAGAGGAGAGGACUCGUUGGGCGAAGGCCAGGGAGCAUUUAAUAAGCAUUGAUCCACAUAAUAAUACCAUCCUGGAGACCAUCCAAAGCAGCCUGUUCGUUAUAUCUCUGGAUGAAACCAAACCCUACUCCACUCCAGAUAACUACACAAAUGUGACUCUGGAAGCCCUUACAGGCAACCCUACCAUCCGCUGGGGUGACAAAUCAUACAAUUCAAUCGUGUUUGCAGAUGGCACUUUUGGAUCCACUUGUGAUCAUGCACCAUAUGAUGCCAUGGUACUGGUGUCUAUGUGCUGGUAUCUGGACCAGCAAAUUAAAGCUACAGAAGGCAAAUGGAAGGGCUCAGAGGCAGUCAGAUCCAUCCCUCCUCCUGAGGAGCUGGUGUUUACUGUGGACAAAAAAGUCCUCAGUGACAUCAGUCAUGCCAAACAGCAAUACCUGAAGUCGACACAGGACCUGCAGGUUGUGUGUUACGCCUUCACAGCGUUUGGAAAAGCAACCAUCAAACAGAAGAAGCUGCAUCCAGAUACCUUUGUUCAACUAGCAAUGCAGCUGGCCUACUACAGAAUGCACAAAGCGCCAGGAAGUUGUUAUGAGACGGCAAUGACUCGUAAGUACUACCACGGCAGGACAGAGACAAUGCGACCCUGCACCAAGGAGGCUGUGAACUGGUGUACAGCCAUGAUGGACCCCACUUGCAACGUUGAUGAGAGGAGGAAAGCCAUGCUGCUGGCCUUCCAUAAACACAACAAACUGAUGGCUGAAGCCCAGGAAGGAAAAGGUUUUGACAGGCAUCUUUUUGGGUUGUAUCUUAUCGCCAGAGAGGAGGGACGUCCCAUUCCAGAGCUCUUCAUGGAUCCCCUCUAUGCAAAGAGUGGUGGUGGUGGUAACUUUGUGCUGUCAUCCAGUCUGGUGGGCUACACUACAGUUCUGGGGGCCGUGGCUCCCAUGGUGCACCAUGGCUAUGGCUUUUUCUACCGCAUCAGAGAUGACCGGAUUGUGGUUUCCAUCUCAGCGUGGAAAUCUUGCCGUCAGACAGAUGCCGCAACACUAUUCAACAACUUCAGUAGCUCCCUGCACGAGAUGCUCCACCUUGCCACCACAUCUCAGCUAUAAGUGCUCACACCAACAGACAGUAGCUAAACACUAAUUUACACACAUACCUUUUACCUCUCCUCAGUUGAUAGCCGACAGCUAGUGAUAGUAAUGUUUGUUCUCAGCACAGAUCAAUGCAAAUGUACAGAAUCAGCACUGGUGAGUGCUAUCCACUGGUUCUGGCAUUAUGAAAAGUAACUUUUCUCUUACUUGUAGUGCUAAAGAAGACUUUUUAAGCAUACGUUGUUGUAUUGGGUGUGUAUAUUAUUUCUUAUUCUCUGAUUUUCAUGAUUCUGGUAUAAUUCAUUAUUGAGAAUUUUUAAUUUUAAAUCCUGACAGUAUUGAUCCACAUGUAAGCUAAGAUGACGAUAAAUCUCAAGGCAUUGUUUUUAUGUUGUUUGUCUUCAGCGGGUAAAAGACUGAGACUGUUUGAAGGUGGAGAGUUGUAGGAAAUAACUGUUAUAAGGCUGUUUUGACUGUAAGCCCUAAGUUUUAAACCCAAUUAAACCCAUAAAAAUAUAUUUUAGAUAUGUUAAAAAAAAAAAAGAGAAAAGAUUUGUCUUUGUCUUGGAUCAGUCUAAGUAUGAAAAUAUAGAGAAUUGUGCAACAACAUUUCUCAUUAUAUUCUUGGCAUUUUUUUUUUGACUAAAUUGUACUCACAAAGAAGAAUAAAUUAAAGUUUGGGGGGGGGUCUUUCUGCAGUGAUAGUGCCCCCUAGUGGUAAUUAGUUUUCUCCAGGAGGCAUUAGUUUUUUGUUAAAACUGACAUUUGGGUUUGGGCAGACACUGAAAAUAGUUUUUAGUAUCAGUAUCAUUAUUGUUUUUAUUUCCUUACUCAGAAAGUGAGAAUUUAAAUUUCAGCCUUUUGAAAACUAAGAUUUGCCUUCCAGUCGGCUGAAGUACUGCACAUUGCUUUGUAUUACUUCAGUCAAUCAGUGAAACUUGUUUGACUGACUGUUGUGUCGUUCUUUGAACUAAAACAUGACCAAAAUGGUCAGUGCCCCGUAUGGGUUGUUUCGCACACUAUGCAGCUUUCCUUUAUUUGUGUUCUCAUGUAUGUCAAGUUAAACAUGGCUGAAUAUUCACAACGUUAUAUACUGGGAUGACUGCUGUAAAACAUCACUGAACCUUAAAAACUGUGAUUUUUCUUUCCUCUGCAUUUAAAGCCUUAUACUAACCUCUGAUUGUUGACUAAACCUUUAUAUUAUGACAAAAUGUGAAUACAAUUGUUCUUCCUUUAAAUAUUCAAAUGAAAAGUAGCUCAAUAUUUUUAAGUCUGAACAAAAAGAAUGUUAUUUUUUAAAUGUAGUAAAGCUGAAAUAAAGACUUACAUCUGC